GUCGUAAUUUCAAGCUCGCAACGAAAAUUUCUCUACUUGUGAUACUAAUUUGGGUCUCAGGAUCCAAAUUCGACAUUGUUCGAAUUUGAAGGAUCAUAACCCUUUCAAUGAAUUGAGUUCAAUUUGUCGUUUCAAUUUUAGAAAUUUUUGGAGGUAAAAUGUUGUCAGUUUCUCCCUCUUCGAUGGUUCGUAGUUCGCUGGAGGAAAUGCUGGAUAAUCUCAGGCGAAGAGAUGAGAAACCGAAAGACUUGCCGCCGGAUUUGCCGUCUCGGCCUCGGCCGACCUCAAGGGCUCGCCUGCCCAGAGCGAAGAGAUCAUUGCCGACUAACUUUGAAAUUGACGAUGCUGAGCCCCCGGAGGGCUCAGCAGGUUGUGAUAGUAAAAGGGAAGAGGUUAAAAGAUCAAGAAUUUGUAGCUUUGGGGCUGAAAAGUUUAAGGAAGUGCUUCCCAGUGAAUCACCGUAUGCGAUGACAUCGGAAGAGAGAAAAUGUGGACAGAGGUUGGAGGAGCAAGAUGGUAUGACUCUUACACCGGCCAGUUCCGGUUCUCUCCCGAGGUUUCAGGAGCCUGAGGUGGAUGACAACGUUGGCUACUUUAGUAAGAAGAUUGGUGCAUUAGAGGAUACAAGAAAACAAGUUCUUCAAGGCACGCUUGAGGUGCAAAAACACUUUCGUGGUCAUCGGGCUCGCCAUUACUUCCAUGAACUCAAAAAAGGAGUGAUAACACUGCAAUCAUUUGUUCGUGGUGAAAAUACUAGAAGGGAGUAUGAUGUUUUGAUAAGGUCGAGGGAACAGGUUGCUUGGAAAAUGCUUGAUGAGAAUCUCUGCACAGUUGUGCGAUUACAGUCUGUGAUCCGUGGGUGGUUGGUUCGAAGGCACUUUAGUCAUCUGCAGCACAGGAAAGAGUUUCAUUGUGAUGCUUUAAAUUCUAUUGGAAAUCCAGGCAAGAAGUUUUCAGAGGUGAAGAACUUGCCACAAGAGUAUGUUCAUGUUCUGCUUUCAGACAUGGAAGAGCUUCAAAGGCGGGUUAUGCAAGCAGAAGCGACUCUCAGUCAGAAGGAAGAGGAAAAUGCGGCAUUGCGGGCGCAACUACAACACUUCCAGGCGAGAUGGUCAGAAUAUGAAGCCAAGAUGAAAUCAAUGGAGGAGAUGUGGCAAAAACAGAUGACAUCUUUGCAAAUGAGUCUCGCUGCUGCCAAAAAGAUUACUGCUGCUGACAACACUGCAGGUCAACCUGGAAGGCUAGUAGAGAGUUCUCCAUCACCCCACUGUUAUGAUUCAGAGGAUAACAUGUCCAUGAGAACUCAAACUCCUGGUGGAAACACACCUAUCAAAUUUGUCAAUGGUGGUUUAGAUUUUGGAGCAAGACGAAGGACUAAUAGUGCUUUUAAUGCAUUUAGUCAUCUGGUAAAGGAAUUUGAGCAAGGGAAACAAAUUUUUGAUGAUGAGGCAAAAGCCAUUGUUGAGGUCAAGUCCGGGCAGGUGCCUUCUAUAAAUCCAGAUGAGGAACUUCGGAAACUGCAACACAAGUUUGAGGCAUGGAAGAAAGAGUACAAAGUUAAGUUACGGAACACAAAGGCAAAAUUUUCUAAACUCGGGCAUUCAGAAGUGGGAAAGAGUUCCCGGAAAUGGUGGGGAAGGAAAAGCAAAAGAUGCUAGGUUUGGGCUCUGCAACAUCUAUGCUGGGAUGUGGACAAAGGUAGCUGGUUUGAUAUUUUGAAAAAGAAAUGAUUGAAAUUCUACAUCACCAUUUCUUGGGGCAGUUGUUCCUCACAGCACCCAUUUACUGGGGUUUUGAAGCAUGAGGUUAGUGAAUGUGGGAGAGUGAUUGUCAUGUUUAUUACCUGCAAAUUUUGUUACUUGGUGGUACGAUUAAAAGAUUUGCUCCAAGCCAGAUGAGAAUUUGUUGACAUCCUUCCACCUGCUUCCCUCCCCUGAUAAGUUUGACUCUGUACUGUCGGAAUCUGCUGUAUUUAGGAGUUAGUGCUGAGAUUAUGGAAGAGAAAUGUUCAUAGUCCUUUCUCCUCUGUAAGAUUUGUGUCGUAUAAUGAAGUUCUAUGAAAUGUUUUUUUGUUGUUACUUAACAGAUGAUCCUUCUG